AUGUCCUUCUCCAACCUCAUCUCCUCCGCCCUCGAACAAGCCACCUCCGGCUCCCACUCUUCCUCCUCCGGAGGAUACUCCGGUGGUGGUGGCUACGGUGGUGGUGGCGGCAGCUACGACCCCGAAUUCUCCUCCGCCCAACACCACGCACAAUCGCACGAAUCCUCCUCCGACAGUUCUCUCUUCUCCUCCGCCCUGGGCUUCCUCUCCGACCGCAAGAGCCAGUACUCCGAGCAACCGGACAUCGACGAGGAGCACCUCGUGCAGUCGCACCAGCGGCUGUAUAACGGUGGCGGAGAGCAGCAACAGCAACAUGAUAGCAGCAGCUUGGGUGCCGGUGCUGCGAUGCAGGCGCUGAAGAUGUUUACCUCUGGUGGUGGGGGUGGUAGCAGUGGUGGGGAUAAGAAUGAGUUUAUUGGCAUGGCGAUGGCGCAGGCGAGUAAGCUUUGGGAGGAGAAGGCUGGGUCUGGGAAUGUCUCUGGUGAUAAGCAGUCGGCUGUUAACUCGGCGGCUGAGAUGGCGUUUAAGAUGUAUAUGAAGAGUCAGGGCAGUGGGUCGAGUGGUACGGGUGGUCCAGGGGCGUUGAUGAGUUUGGCGAGUAAGUUCUUGUAA